AUGCCGAAGCGCAAAUUCUCCGACCUAAACGACAAAGCCUCCGGACCCAGCGACAUCAAACUCGCGCGCCUGACCGCCAAAUUCGAAAACGGCGUGGUCGCCUUAUCGCGGGCCCUCAAGACCGCCCGAGCCUUUGAGCGCCAGAAACUCGGCCGGCGAGAGAAGACCGCGAAGAGCGAGGGUAAGCCGGAGGCUCUGGCGAGAAUCGAGGAGGAGAUCAAGGUGAUCAAGACUCUCAAUUUCCAGUCCACGGCGGAGAAAUACCUCUUCAAGCAGCUCGUCAAGACGAAGCGGAUCGCCGAGUCGCCGGUUUUUCUGAAAUUCAGGGAACGGAAGAAUAUCUCUACGGAGGGCCCGCGGAGCACGGCUGAGGCGAAUGUUACAGCCCGACUUUACAAGUCGAAUCCGGUGAAGAAUGUCUUUCCUGGUAUUAUGGAUGGGAUCAGGCAGCUGCUCGGACUGGAGAAUGCGCCGGCAGGCAAGAAGAGCGCCCCAGAACAGAAGAAGGGAUUUACCGAGCAACGCAAGAGUGAAAGCAAAGAGCCAGAGCCAGCGUCAGAUGGAAGAUCAGAGGCGGAGUCGGAAUCUGACGCAGCCAACCGAAAGGUGGCGUCCAAGUCCACCGCGAGGUCCGCGAAGCUAGCGUCCGAGGAUGCAGACGGAGGAGAAGAAGGAAGCGAUAUCGACAUGGACGACGCCGAGAGCAUAGACUACUCCCACUUCGACGCACGGCUAGCCCCGGGCUCCGGUUCCGACAGCGAAGGCGAAAGCGACGCAGAAGAAGCCUCAAACUCUGACGACUCGAACCACCCAGCGCACUACUCCGACAUCUCUCGCUCCAUCUCCCGCUCUCCCUCCCCCGAACAACCCACGAAAAAGUCCAAAAAGGCCUCCUCCACCCCAGCGACAAGCACAACCUUCCUCCCCUCUCUGACAAUGGGAGGGUACUUCUCCGGCUCCGAGUCCGAGCCCGAAGACCUCGAGGGCGUAGCGGGCCCACCGCGCCGCAAGAACAGAAUGGGCCAGCAGGCUCGCCGUGCCCUCUGGGAGAAGAAGUACGGGAGUGGAGCGAACCACAUCAAGAAACAAAAGGAGAACGAGAGGAAGAAUCGGGAUAGUGGCUGGGAUACGCGUCGGGGCGCUACGGAUGGCUCUGAAGGGCCGAGAGGGAAGCGUGGCCAUGGUCAGGGACGGGGGGGUGAUGGAUUCCGGCAGAGGGAUGGCAACUUCGCCGGUGACCGGCCGCAGCGUGGUCCUCCUGGCGGCUUCAACAAGAAUAAUGUCAAGGAUGAUAAGCCGUUGCAUCCUUCUUGGGAGGCGGCGCGGAAAGCUAAGGAGCAGAAGUCCAUGGCUGCGUUCCAGGGAAAGAAGGUCACGUUCGAUUAG